AGUGCAAUGAACAUCAAUCGAUUAUGUUGUCUGAUGCCGGGCGGACGUGCAAAAGUGUGUAUUCAAGUACAGAAUUCGUGUUCGGCUUGUGACAAUGGCUAGAGAAGACUUUGCCUCCAGCUUUAAAGUGCCAGUUACGCCUAGAGCGUACGACGCGAUACAAAACGUUGACGUCGAUAGCUUGGCCGCUCUGCCAGAAUGGGAGCUGCGGCCUCUGCUUCCAUGUCUCGUUCGCAUGGCGUUGUGUUCCCCUCUGGACCAGCGAAAAGAUUGGGGACAGAAAAAGAAAACUGUGCUGAAGAUACUCUCCGGCAUAGAGCUCGUCAAUUCACUCGUGGCCCUUUUGUCUAUCGAUUUCCACGCACUCGAGCUCGACGUGAAGAAGGAACAACAGCUUCGGUUGAAACUUGGACCACACUCUGGGGAUAGCAUAUUGGUAUCGUCGCUCCAAAAUUCCUUGGCACUCGAAUUCGAAAGGAGUGACGCUGCCAGGAAGUUGCGACUGGUGCUCAGCGAACUUUUGGCUUUCAUUGCUCAAGUCAAGGAUAGCCGAACUGAAAUCGGCACGAAGUCGUCGGACUUGUUUGACAAUGAUGUCUAUCUGGACGAAGUCGCAGAUGUCAUGUGCAUUGCUCAUGCAGAGCUCCCAGGAAUUCUGCAUAUUCAGGACAUCGCAGAGACGCUAAUUCACCUCAGGAAUGGGCCAGAACUCCUCUGUCGACUCAUUGCCAAUGCUCCAGACAGUUUUUCCGAGGUGUGCCUUGCCCUGAUCUCCAAUGGCGACAAGCAAGAUGAGGAUACAGCUGGCGGCUGUGUCCGCAUGCAUGCUCUGCAUGUGCUGUGCCGGAUGAAUCCAGCGCAGUCACUGGUGGUGCGGGCCAAAGCGGUGGAGUUGUGCCGAAUGCCUGGCCUGGCUGUCCUGUUGAGCCUGGACCACUGCCGCAGCACAGAGCAGAAUGACGAGUUCAAUUCAGCUGGGGACUUGGUGGCUUUUGUGAGUGGUCUGUUGCUGGGCAGCGACGACAAAGUUCGCACCUGGUUUGCCCAGUAUGUGCGAAGUUGCCAGAAAAAAGGAGAAUCGGGCAAGGGCAGCACCCUGCAAGCCCUGCGGGAGGAGCUGCUGUCACGGCUGCAGGGGCUGCUCCUAACCAGCCUCGAGCAGCACGACCUCCCCGACUGCCGGGUGGUGCAGGCCAAUGCCCUUCUGCGACUCUUCUGUGCCUUAAGAGGCAUCGCUGCCCUCAAGUUCACAGAAGAUGAGAUAGUGGUGCUGAUGCAGCUGCUGACGUCGCACCCUCCCCCGAGUGCAGCGGGCAUUCGGUUUGUGUCCCUUGGGCUGUGCAUGCUGCUGGCUUGCCCAUCCCUGGUCUCAAGCCAGGAGCAUGAGCGCCAGGCCACCCAGUGGAUACGCUGGCUCAUGAAGGAGGAAAGCUACUUUGGCAGGACAAGUGGUGUGAGUGCUUCCUUUGGAGAGAUGUUACUGUUGAUAGCGAUCCACUUCCACAGCAACCAGCUUACGCCCAUAGCCGACUUGGUGUGCUCCACACUGGGCAUGAAGAUACCCAUUCGACCUAACAGCCUGUCCAAGAUGAAGACUAUCUUUACCCAAGAGCUCUUCACUGACCAGGUGGUUACAGCGCAUGCUGUCAAAGUUGCAGUGACUCCGAACCUGAACGCCAACACUGCUGGCUUCCUUCCUGUCCACUGCAUCUACCAGCUGCUCAAGAGCAGGGCAUUCACCAAGCACAAGGUGCGCAUCAAGGACUGGGUGUUCAAGCAAAUCUGUGCCAGUACGGCCCCUCUGCACCCUAUCCUUCCGGCCUUGGUCGAGGUGUACGUCAACUCGGUCAUUGUGCCCAGCUGCAAGAGCUCUGCCCAGGAGACGACCAAUGAGCCGCUGUCUCAGGAAGAGAUUGCAUCCAUGUUUGGCACUUCUCUUCAGGAUGGCACGGCCCCCAAUGGUGGGAAACCGGGUUCGAGCGUCCGAGAUGCCAAUGGUGACAUGACAGUACCUCAGCUGCUGCUGCUGUACUACCUACUGCUGUACGAAGACACCCGGCUCAACAACAUGAAGGCGAUUGUGUCCUCUGGUCGCAAGGUGAAGCGGUACGGGGCUGAAUUGCUGUCCCAGCUGCCCAUCCGGUAUUUGGUGAUGCGAGCGCAGCGGGAGGAACGCUACGCGGGCCUCUUUCCACCGCUGCUGCGCCUGCUGGCCUCGCACCAUCCGCAUCUCUGCAUGGUGGACGACUGGCUCCGUGGUGAAAGUGCUGCUGCAGUCACUGCCCUGCCGCACCGCCGCUUCGGCCCACGGUUGGGGCCAAGGGCACCGUGCACUGUGCCCAGCCUUGCGCAGGCCUUCAGCCGCCUGCACAAGUGCCCCAUCGAUCUGAUGUCUCAGCUGGACCGCCUGAACACGAUGCCCUUGCCCCAGCUGUGGCCCUAUGCCCAACCACUGGUCUCCAACCUGCCUCUCCUCCUGGAGAAUGGAUGCCCACGACAGGUGAUGGAGCGAGCAAAACAGGUGUGGUGGCGACUGAACGAAGUGUUCCCCCGUCGACUCUGGGUGCUGACAGCCAACGCUCUGCGGCUACCUUGUCGCAUGCGACCUCUUACCUUAGAUGACCUUGUGCUGGACCCUCUGCAUGUCCUGCGAUGUGAUACUCGUGUCUUCCGGUGUGCCCCUGUGUUGGAACUGGUGCUGCACAUGCUUCGUGCCCUGCUGGCAGCGUCACGCACGCAUCUCAGCCACCACCAGCUAGAGCACCCCAUCCUGUCGACUCCCUCGGGUGCUGCACAGCUUCCACCCGCCACCACGCUGCCCACGUCCACGGUGGCAGGUGCAACGGCGGCGCCACCAGGGCUCGACAAGGGCUGCACCGAGGCAGAGAAAGACCGGGAGGAACUGCGGGUGGCUCUGGUGGCCGCCCAGGAGAGUGCUGCCGUCCAGAUCCUGCUUGAGUGCUGCCUGCCUACCGAUUCCGAGAAGAGUGCUAACGAUGGCUUCCUGACGGACCUUCGGGAGGUGCGUACUCUCGUCUGCACGCACCUGCACCAAAUGUUCAUCGCCGAUCCCAACUUGGUUCGACUAGUUCAUUUCCAGGGCUAUCCCAGUGAGCUCUUGCCAGUGUCUGUGUCGCUGAUCCCAUCAAUGCACAUCUGCUUGGAUUUUAUUCCAGAACUGCUGAGUCAGCCUCACUUGGAGAAACAGGUUUUUGCUAUUGAAUUGGCAUCUUACCUUUGUCUGCAAUAUUCCAUCGCCAAGUCACUCAGCAUUGCUCGCUUGUGCAUCAACGUAACGCACACACUACUAGGAGUGCUUCCCAGCUAUCAGCGGCCCCUGCUUUUUCUACCCGCACUGCCUGCCCUGGUACGCAUGUGCCAAGCAUUCCCUCCACUUGCCGAGGAUGUGGCGGUGCUUCUGCUGCAGCUGGGCCGUGUCUGCCUUUCCCAAGAGUGCACCACUGCACCACCUCAGCUGGGUUUUUCAGCCAAUCAGCUGGAGAAGUCAGCUGCUAACGUAGAUGAGAAGGAGGUUCUCGAAGGUCGUGUUCCGAGCAACAGCGCCCUCUGCAGUGCAAUCCAGAAGUCCUUUGCAGACUUGUGUGACAAUGCGGUGCUCAAUCGGACUAUCUACUAGACUGACUACAGUGGUCGAAUCAUUUGGAACCGUUGCAUGUUGCGUGGUUGCUGGAAUCACCAACGUGCCUCCUGCUUUGUACAGGCCUAACAGAAGCAUUCAUCCAACUUACUGAACUGACUGCGCACAUUGUAUACAUUGUUGAGGGACAUGUGUCUCAGUAUCCAGGCAUUUCCCAUAGUACCCACCCAAGGUCGGCAUGCUCUUUUUUGACUGGUCUAAGGGGUACAUGGUAUUCACUGUGGUUCACAUCAUUGUCUAACAACAUCACAUUCUUUUUAUAUGUCUAUUGUAUAUAAGACUCCACUUCGUGUGGGCAAAAGCUCAUAGAGUAAAUUUUUUUUGUUUACUUUAUUCAUGUUCGUGUUUCCUGAUGCAGUUCUUCUCCGGUGUCACUCUUGAAGCCGCCUUGUGCAUUGUGCUCGGCAUGUUGCCUAAUUUAUAUCAUUAAAAGUUGAAGUAGAUGUGUUCACUUUUAUGGUUUUUGUGUAGCCUGUAUAGCUAAGUUUUAAUGUGCCUAAGCUAUGAUGUAUGUCUUCAUCGCCUUAACGUUUCUUUGUCAUUUCAAUAAGCUGCCAGUGAUUUCUGUAGCAUUGUUAUUAAAUGUCACUGCAAGUGCUAGCGAAGAGGCAGAGGCACACCCCGUGCUUCUGACUAGUUGUGCAUCUGUGUUUUAACAGCGGAGCUGUUUAAGCUUUUUGUUUCCCCGCGUAGCGUUCGUAAAAACUCGCCUAGCGAAGACGUCACUGCGCGUUGCCUAGCAACCACCUGCCACAGCUGCACCUCGUUUAUCCUAGCUCCAGCAACGCUCCGCCGCCGCACCAGCGAUGAUGUCACUGCCCCUUGCGUAGCGCAGCUUGCAACACCGACACCGCAUUCCAAUGCCGACACUGUGUUCCCCCACGUUGCAAUGCCAACACCACAUUCCAGCAGACCCGCUCCGUCAAUGCGGUCGCCUAGCAAUCACUUACCCAGCUUUGCCCAGCCAUGUGAUUGCUUUGCUCCGCAAUUCUGGCUUUGCUUAGUCAUGACAACACUUUGUGAAGCUUGGCCAUGAUGUCACACUGAUUAUAAAGAUCAUGUCGCCGCGAUCGCGACACACACAAUUCUAGUAGACUUUGCACUGAGUAAAUGUAACAUGGGACGGCCGAAGAAGUACAAGACUCCCAAAGAAGAAGCUGCUUAGCUGGAAGCUCAUCAUGCCGCCAGCCAAGAACGAAUGCGGUGAUUGCAUGCUAAUCUGGGGUAUCGAGCCUAGCGAAACUGGAAGAAGCUAGGUGAUCACCAGCUCUGCUUUUUCUCCAGCCUUGCGCAAUUUAGUGCAAGCUGGGCUAAUUUUUUCAUUAGCAUAUCUGCCAAUGCUCCCAAACUUUUGGCAAAGUUUAUAAAUUUGGGCGCUGCUGUGUUACAGUUUUAUGAAUGUUUCGUUAAGUUCUACAAAAAAAUCAUUCUGUUUGAAAAUAUAUUACUCGUCGGUCUCUGUACCUACCGUCACAAGUCUUGUCUCCUGGUGGUGAAAGGAUGCAAAAGGGAUACUUGCUUCAAGCAAGGUUAAGGAAACAAAUUCCUGAAGCAGGUGAAAUUGGCAACAGCUAAGUUUCUGAAAAAGUAAUUGUGAUCUAAAAAAGUCACAGUUUCACUAGAAAGGCAAAGCACUAAUAGCGAUGAGAAAGUAUUUAACAAGUGCACAAAGUAAUGUUUGUAGUUUUAUUGCCGUAUAGAUCGCAGUAAACAUUUGUUUACUAAUUAACAAGCAUGGUGUCUCACUCGAUGACUGCGAACAUUUGCUGUCGCAAUGCUGGCGUGAUGAAGAGCACAGACAGAGGGGAACGAAUGCUUCGUUUUGCCUCUUGCUUCAAUACUUCCCCGAAACUUGACAUUAGGUGGCCUCCAACAUUAGGCCUGUGGGCCUUAGUGACCUUUACACUUGAAGCAACCAGCUAUCUCAGCUCGCCGAGCCUUCCAUGGCAUCCAAGGUCGCGAGCGCUUGCAUGUUUGCGCUCGGGGCCUUGGAAGCUGUGAGCCAUUGCAGAUUACUGCCAAGAUACGGCGCAUGCGGCACGUAUGCACUCAGCUGCGUGGACAGACAUGUGCAGCCACAGCUGGGCUAAAGGAGGAGACGUGCGCUUCCCUCCCCCUAUUUGCAGUGCACUGGAUCACAUGACCGCCAACAUGGGUGCACGGGAGGACGGUGUGCAUCAAGCCACCAUCCUUCUUGGCUCACCCUCGCAAGGUUUCCCUUGCACCCUCUGCAUAUGGCGCGCGGGGCGCGAUCUUAUUAGACUUGGAACUUUACAUGGAACCCAUGGCAGUGAGUGGCGAAAAAUCGCCUGGAGUGUCCAUAUACCGUAAAAA